AUGGAAGGUUCGAAUAAAAAGUUUUGGAGAGUGAUAUAAAAGAUUUAAACAGAUAAUUGGGGAUUCAGAUUAAGCUUUAUUGAUAAUAAUCUAAUAGCAUUUCAGCCAAUUUAAAUUUAUCAAGGAAAUUGGACAGGAUCAAGAAACCUGGUAAUUUAUUCUAUAAAUCAUGAAUAUGGACUAUAUACAAAAUAAAGAGAAAUUUCUGUUUAAGGCUUUGGACAGAUUUGCUCAUUCUUUUGUCCUUAAUCUUAUAUAGCUUCGAAGGGUAUACUUCUUACAAAAAAUGGAUGCACUAUUAACUUAGUAAAAUUCACAUUUGAUUCGACAAAUUCAAAUUAUGAUUGUACAUUAGAAUGCGCAAUUAAUUUUGGUGACCUUGAACAAGGCGAAUUAUUUGCUUCAAUGAGUGAUGAUGGAGAAUAUUUAAUUACUUGGGAUCCCUAAUCAAGAGAAAUCUAAAUAAGAAGAUUUAAUGAUCGAAAUUGA